AUGACCACAGCUACGCAGCAACAGCAGCACCCACCACCGCAACCUCAUCUCGGUUUCAUUGUCGACACAUACGAUCCGGAUGAUGUGGUUCCUCGAGGGAGCCCCCUCAUGACCCCGCUUCGUCCCAGGCUCGAGCCGUCUCCAAGUCCUCCUCCAGAAAUACCUGCAACUCAAGUCAGUCUUAGUGCUUCCUGUAUCGGCGGUCGGGGCAAGUCUAAUCGCCACAAGAUUCGUCCAACUUCUGGGGACGCCGUCUUAGUCGCUUAUCUCGACAACGGACGUGAUCCUGAAAUCGCUCGCGCAGCCGGUCGCGAAAGUCUUCCAUGCGACGAAGAAUCGCCUGACGAAGAAGCUCAAGAUAGGCCCGCAAACGGGAAUCUCAUGAGCGGGCCGUCGCUUCAGCACCUUGCCGCGGGCGCAUUAGAAGCUGCUUCAAUAGUUACAGCGCCAUCCGCCCUCGCAGCCACGGUACCCAAAACGAUACCUGACAUAUCGAUACCAACCGGUCAGCUUUCAAUUCAUGAUGACCCUCCAGUUACCAACCUACCUACAUCGCGAUAUGUUUCUACCAACAGAGUCACAUCACCACUAAUCCAUUCACCCAGCGGACCCUUGCCGCCACUACAUGGAGUUCGUCCGCCAGUCGGCGAAUCCAAGGAGGCGCUGCCCUCACGGUCUCUUCCAUCUCUACGUUCCACUUUUGGAGAGAUCAGAGAUCUGGCUCCCGAACAUUUGCCUGAACAGGAACUUGGGCGUGUUCCUUCAGGGCCAUCCUCGACUUUCCCUGCCUCGCCGGCUGGAAACAUUGGGCAUCGCUUCAGUGUAAGCAACCUCUCGUCUUCACCUUGUUCACCACCCGAAGGUUAUAGAACACUUUCUCCGCAUUCUGCUCCAAGUGCGAGUAUUCACUACUAUACAACAAAUGGCACUCAUCCUCGUGCCCCAACAGAAUACAGUAGUAGUAAUGCUGGCGAGACUCCCAACACUGAUCAUUCUGUUUCUACGCCCGCCACUUCUACCUCGAUCAACUCUACCUCGAUCACUGAUCGCAUGAGUAUCGAUGGUAUCACACAUCCGCAAAGUAUGUCCGGCUCCUAUACAUGCACAGUUCCGGGAUGCAAUGCUGCGGCAUUUCAGACUCAGUAUCUCCUCAACUCCCAUAUGAAUGUGCAUUCGUCAGCACGGCCGCAUUAUUGUCCAGUAAAAGGGUGUCCAAGAAGUGAAGGCGGCAAGGGUUUUAAACGCAAGAACGAAAUGAUAAGACAUGGCUUGGUUCAUGACUCCCCAGGAUACGUGUGUCCCUAUUGCCCUGAUAGGGAACAUAAAUAUCCACGACCAGAUAAUUUACAACGACACGUUCGUGUUCAUCACCCAGACAAAGACAAAGAUGAUCCACAACUACGAGAUGUACUCGCUCAACGACCAGACGGACCCAAUCGUGGUCGAAGAAGACGCGGGCCACCCUCGUGA